AUGUAUCGUGGAACUAUUGAUGAUAUUAACAUACUUUCAUGGCCUUAUAAAGCAGAUUUAAGAUGUUUUUCCAUGCGCCAUUAUCCUUUCUGUGAGCCAGAAAAAGCAAAUCAGUAUAAUUAUUCCGGAAAAAUAUUUCUUCCUGCAAGUGCAUUAGAUCAUUUAAUGAAUUCAAAUAUCGAAUAUCCAAUGAUGUUUAAAAUUUCAAACAAAGAAACCAAUGAAUUUACUCAUUGUGGAGUAAUGGAAUUUACUGCUGAAGAGGGUAAAAUUUAUCUUCCAAUAUGGAUGAUGCGUCAACUAAAAUUGAGUGAAGGUGUAAUAAUACGUAUAAAGUAUGUAUCUUUACCAAGAGCAACAUAUGCUAAAUUGCAACCGCAGUCAACUGAUUUCUUAGAAAUUAGUGAUCCAAGAGCUGUUUUAGAGAGAGAACUUGCAAAAUAUUCAUGUUUUUCAAUCAAUGACAAAAUAACGUUUCGAUAUAAUGAUACAGAUUAUGAGGUUUCUGUCGUUGAAUUAAAACCUUCUGAUGCUGUUUGUGUUGUGGAAUGUGAUAUUAACGUUGAUUUUGCUCCACCAGUAGGUUAUGUUGAACCAGAAACGCAACAAACAUCAACGGAGAUGCCGGAUGCUCCUGAUUUACCAAGUUUAAAGGAGGCCGAAAGUAGAUCGUUUCAUGGAAAUGGUUUUAGAUUAGAUGGAAAAGAUAAAAAGAAAAAUACUGCUGAUUGCACAGAACAAAAAAUGAAAGCACUACCAGAGCUUAUUGUUAAUGAAACAUACACACCUGGUAAACUUAAUUUUAUCAGUGAAAUGUCGUUUAAACAAGAAAAAAUAUAUAAUUAA